CGUACGUUCAUUUAAAUAGUGUGUAGCAUGGUGGCGGGUAUAAUGAGUGAGGAAAGUUUUCUCUCGUAAUUUUUAACGAAUGCGAUUGAUGUAUUUUCUUUAUGAAAUGUAGCAAACGACGUGAUUUUAGCGCUCAAGCCCAAUGCUAAGUAAUAAUGCUGUGAUCGAAGGACCUUUGGUAUUUUCUCAUUUUGGACGUUUGCCUGCAUGGUCGCCUGUGACAGCGAAAUCAUGAGUCCUCAAAAGCGGUCUAAAGAUGCUGGAGUUCUUGAGGUCCGUUUUGUCGGAGAUGCAGAAGUCCUGGACCAUAUUGUUGAUAAACAAGAGGGUGUGAAGGUCUCUAAGGACAUGGUCCAGAAGCUGGUUACUGAUCUUCCUGAUCCUGGAGAGAAAGCGGGGGAUGAGGAAGAUCAGGAUGUCUUUGAUGAACAGGACUAUGUAGAGGCACUUGGCACUGGAGCUGGAGCAGUGGGAGUGGAAAAUGGCUCUGCCAGCAUAGCAGGUGCAGCUGUGUUUACUUUCCAGAGCAUCAAGCGCUCGAACAAGAUGGCUCAGAUGGCGUCUGCAUGGGCCCGUACCCCAGGCAAGAGUGUCACAUUCAGCACCCCGGAUGAUGAAGUCACCAGUCCCCCCAGAGCCAGCAAGCGACAGGAUAGCCAAAACAAGACCCCACAGAAGGGGAAAAAGGUGCAAUUUGUCUCAACCACUCCACAUAGACUGCGAAAAAGACUGUCAGCCCCAAACCUGAAGUCUGACAGCGACAGUGAUCUCUCCCCCUCCAAUUCGGAGGAGGAUGAUGAGGAGGAGGAUGGUGCUAAGGAGAAACCAGUCUCAGUGGAGGCGACCCCAAAAACACCCAGCAAGUCCGCUGCUGCAGCUUUAUACAAAACACCUUCCAAGAAAACCAAGAAAGUCCCGGAGCCCGAUCUCGUGGAGGAAUACUUUGAAGCGCACAGCAGCUCCAAAGUCCUGACCUCUGAUAGAACUCUGCAGAGGCUUCAAAUUCCCAGGCUGGACCAGGAAACGCUGUGCAAGCUGCUAGACGAUUGUCCAUCCCGUUACUCAGAGGAGAUCGCUCAGCUAAACAAGGAUCAUGAGAAGCAUUUCAGCAAGUGGAUGCUGCAGCUACAGCUAGGCUUCAGCGUGUUGCUCUACGGUCUGGGUUCAAAGAGGCCGCUUCUAGAGAGGUUCCGCACCUCCAUGCUCUCGGACUCUGUCCACAUGGUCAUCAACGGCUUCUUCCCCAGCAUGACGCUCAAGUCGAUCCUGAACUCCGUCACAGGAGAGGUCUUGGAACACGGCGGACAUUUCCGGACUCCCAUGGAUCAGAUGGACUUCAUCGUGGAAGCUAUGAGACGAGACCCAGAUUUCCACGUUUACCUCAUCAUCCACAACAUCGACGGCCCCAUGUUGCGGAGCGAGAAGACCCAGCAGACACUGGGGCAGCUGGCCUCCAUUCCCAACAUGCACCUGCUGGCCUCCAUCGACCACAUCAACGCCCCACUAGUGUGGGACCAGCCAACAAUGAGUCUCUUCAACUGGAUUUGGUACGAGACCACCACCUACCUGCCGUAUUUUCAGGAGACGUCCUAUGAGAACUCGCUCCUCGUGCAGCAGUCCGGAGCUCUGGCGCUGAGCUCCCUCACUCACGUGCUGCGCAGCCUCACGCCAAACGCCAGAGGGAUCUUCAGACUGCUGGCAGAGUUUCAGCUGGAGAACAAAGACAACCCCACGUACACAGGGCUGUCCUUUCAAGAUUUCUAUCAACGCUGUCGUGAGGCCUUCCUGGUGAACAGUGACAUCACUCUGAGGACACAGCUGACCGAGUUCAGGGACCACAAGCUAAUUCGUACCAAGAAGGGUGCGGACGGCGUGGAGUACCUGCUCAUCCCUGUCGAUGCAGGAACUCUGACAGACUUUCUGGAAAAAGAGGAGGCGGAGUGAAGCCCACCAGGCGGCCAUUUCGUGUUUGCUACGCUUCCAAAUCAUCCUCCCAAGUCAUGAGAAGCCCCAGUCAAACACUCUGGUGUUUAGAAGAUACCGGAAAUGAGCGAAGGCAAAGACUCCCUCUUGUGCCAACAUGCACUUCGACUCGCUAAAUAUGAAAACCCUGUAAUAGGCGGAGUGAGACUUGGACUCGGCUGUUAUCUGUUCCACACAAUUGUGGCAAUGUGGGACUCAUUGUAUUGAUCUGUCUUGGGAAAUGAGCACUUAGUGUCCUUAUUGUUAAGCUGAUACUAUCCAUGAAAUAAAUUUAGUAUUACUUGUC